UCUGCAGCGGGGCAUGCGCCCGCAGAUGGUCCUGCAGUCGUUGUCACCGCCUCGUACGAAGGCCAGCCCGCCGAUAAUGCGGCGCACUGCGUCGAACAACUCUCCAACUUGAUAGGCGAGCAGCUUUCGGAGGUAUUCCAGGCCGUCUCUCGCUACGGCAGCCGCAACUGUAUUCUACCGUAUCAGCGUAUU